UUCGAUUCGGAAAAUCAUGGGAAAAUCCGUUAAAUUCUCUUAUAAAAGUGUGUCGGAGUGCGAGUGUGUGCGGGCGAAAGCGUCCAACGUGCCGGUAAAAUUCAAAAAUCUGGUGGAAACUGCGAACGCGGUGCGCGGUAUGUCCGUGCGAAGGGCCGACAAUUAUUUGAAAAACGUCCUUAAGAAGGUCGAGUGCGUCCCUUUUAAGAAGUUCCGAGGUGGAAUCGGGAAAUGUGCACAGGCGAAGCAGUUUAAAACAGUUAUUGGUCGCUGGCCGGUAAAUUCCAGCAAAUGCGUGCGAGAUCUACUAAGAAACGCCGUUUCAAACGCGGAAUUUUUCGGAAAAGACCCGGAUAUCAUGUACAUUUACCAUAUCCAGGUGAACCAAGCUCCGGUGUCCGUCAGGAAGACUUUCCGGGCCCACGGUAGGAUCGAUUCGUACGAGAGACACUCGAGUCACAUUCAAAUGAUCCUUAAGGAGCAGGAUCCGUUUAAAUAAUGUUUAGAAUAGGGGUUCGUUGAUGAUAAUGUAUGUUCUUAGCUCGUUGGUCCGAUGGACUUUUGGUUUAUUAAAUAAGAAGGUCAGUUU